CGGUCAGAAUUAGACCGAGAACGCUGCAUGUGUGUGGACUAGACACACAGGCCUUUACUUGACAAAAUAUCGGAGACUGGCUGGCAUUGAGGGCGAUUCGGUGCUGUGUGCCCAAUAUAAAGGGGUUCUGUGUUGUAGCUCACGUCGGGUGUCCACUGGCGUAGGUGGGAGGUGCGUGAUUGCCUCGUUUUUACCGGUAAGGAUCUGGACGCACAGACGGCAAGGGGAAAGCCCAAGCGAGACGGCUUACCGAUCUAGGCCAUUGAAUCACCGUAGUUGAUUGCAUGGACUGGUUCCGUAAAUCCCAUCCUCAGGAUUUUGCCUCUUUACCGUGAAGGCGUGUUUCAAGCAGGUACACUCUAACGACAAAGACGCUGUGGUUUUGUUGUUUCGAGAAGUCUAUCUGCUCCAUGCUGUCAGCGUGCUGUAGUCAAACCUGGUUGGACUUUGCUAGGCCGGUUUUUAUCCCCCGGAUUGCUUUGGGUCCGUCCCACUUUUCUUUGCGAGACUUCACGGUUGAGCCUUCUUCUCGUCAUCCCUGUGAAUCCUGGCAAGUUUAUCAGCACUACGACAAUCAUCAUCAUCAUCAUCAUCAUCAUCGAAGGCAACAGCAGUAGCCAGCAACGGAGCGUCAUCAACAUAAACACCCCGACUGCUGCGGGUUUUUUUCUGUCCCCUUUUCCUCUCUUCUAUACUUCUUCUUCAACAACUCGGCCUAAAUCCCAAGUCCUCCCUGAUUGAUAUAAGUACACCAUGAACGGCUUGAGCGAUCCACUUUCCACCCUGGAGGACCUUGUGAGCGCCGAGUCGUCAGCUAGGCAUCCAGCGGGUGCUUUGGGGAGCAUGACGGCGGCGGCGGCCGGUGCCGAGUCGGCAGUCUCCCGCUACAGUCGGACCAAUCCUAGCGUCGUGGCCUCCAUGGGUUGCACGAGAUUGUCUGUGGAAACUCACGACUCAGCGAGUGCCGAGGAUCAGGCCGUCGGGCCUGCGGACGAGGGAAGCGGGGAUGGGGACGCGGGCAAGAAGCGGCGGCAGCGCCGACAGAGGACGCAUUUCACCAGCCAACAGCUGCAGGAGCUGGAGGCCCACUUUGCUCGGAACCGCUACCCAGACAUGUCCACACGGGAGGAGAUUUCGGCUUGGACUAACCUGACCGAGGCUCGUGUUAGGAUUUGGUUCAAGAACCGUCGCGCCAAGUGGCGAAAACGUGAGAGGAACCACAUGAACGAACUGAAGAACGGCUUUGGCACGCAGUUCAACGGUCUGAUGCAGCCGUUUGACGACGGCUUGUACUCCGGCUACUCCUACAACAACUGGGCAGCCAAGUCGGCAGCCGCAGCCGCUAACCCCCUGGGGGCUAAGAGCUUUCCCUGGUCUCUGAAUUCCGUCAGCCCGCUGGCCGGGGUCUCCAACCAACCCAUGUGUUUCAACUCGCAGACUACGAUGAGCACGACGUUCCCAACGUCUCCCGUGAACGGCGUGAUGAGCCACCAGAACUUGAACAAUUCGGCCGGGGCUGCCGCGGCGGCGUGCCCGUACGCCUCGGUGCCGGCUUCCCCGUACGUCUAUCGGGAGCCGUGCUCCAGCAGUAUCGCUUCGCUUCGCCUUAAAGCUAAACAACAUUCAACAUCUAUGGGUGGUUUCAGCUACCCGGUCAGGCAAUCGCCUACAUUAUCAGCUUGUCAGUAUGCUGGACUCAAUGGCCCCGCAUGAAAAGCAGACAUCGAUAUUUCUAGAAUUCAAAUUCCUCAAUAGUUUUGAGGAAAGAAUAGUUUGUCAACCAGUACCUGAGAGGCUUACAAUGGGCUAUUACGGUGAAAUGACAUAUUAAUAACAAAAAGCAACGCACAAUAGAAUUUUUUUUUAAAUAAUCAAUAUCUUGUCCAUUUAAGAAUAUUUUGACUGCCUAGUUUAUGUUGAGGAUUUAUCGAUUCUGUCAGGAUUUCGAUUCCCUCGGAAUCUAAUCAAUCAUAUGAAUUAUUUUUAACAUGACGGUUUUGCUAUCGGCGUAUCAACAUCCCAAUUUGUUGGCGGAUUGCACGACCAUAGCACCAUGCCCGUUACAGGUCACAAUAAUGGUGUAAUUUUUAAAUAUACAUUUUUUUUUUUUUUUUUUUUAUCACGUCAGAAACUUCUUGCCUAACUAGCAACGAGUGGUAAUUCGUUUCUGUGUCAAAAGUCAUUCGUGCUCUAUUCAUAUAGUUUCCCCAUACUUAUGGACAGAGACCCGAAAUGAGUGAAUGACAUUUUGCCGCAGAAUUUUAAAAUAAGGCCACUGUGUACAAAGAUUUUGUUAAAGGUGAUAAGCUUUCAAAAAAAAUGUUGGCAAUUGUGAUUGUAUGUACUAUACACGCACCAAAGGAUUUCCUAGAUUCUUAGCGGGUUUUUGUAAAUUAUUAGAUAUUCAAGAACUUUCUAUAUAUUGGAAAGAAAUUAUCAGAUUAUUACAGGGUCAGGAAAGUCACAUUUUCUACCAAAAAAUAGUACGGAGACAAGUGUACAAACUACGGAAUACAAAUUCGUACUAUGGUUGCUAAAGUUUAUUUAUUUAAAAUUGGUUAUAUUGGUAGCUUUUCAUUUUUGAGUGAUGUCUCGCUUGUUCAGCAAGCCGUCUUUUUGUAAGGCUACCCUAAAAGCUGAAGCUGUUGCUAUGACACUAUAUCUGCUCUGUGAUGUGUGUUCUGUGUGGGGUAGCAUCCACCGUAUGACGUCAGGCGUGGAUCCAGAGAGGGGGGGGGUGUCGAAACACCCCCCCCCCCCGCUCUGACACUAACAAAAAUUAUAACAAUAAUGUGCUGCAUUACAUAUGCCCGCCUGUCCGCAACAAUCAGGCAUAAAACAUUCUGACGGGCCUGACCACCCC